AUGGAAGGACUUGAUCUUGCCAUUGAUGAUGAUGUUCUUCAAAUGAAAACAUCACGUACAGCUACAUUUACAUUAAGUUCAUCAUCUUCAUCUUCAUCUUCAUCCUCAUCAUUAUAUUUACAACAACAAGAUGAUAAACAAGAAAAUGAACAUAUACAAAGAGUGUCAUAUGCACCACAAAUUGCAGAAAAACGUUUACUUACACAUUCUCAAUCACUCAAUCUUGAAUGUCAACGACGUCGACCAGUUAUAGAAGAUCCUUAUAAAUUAAAACCAAAUCUUCAAAUUCUUAAUGAUUGGAUGAUUACAACAACGGGUAAAAGUCGACGAGAACUUAGUGAAGCACAUGGAUUCUCUGAAGAACAAGUUGCUGCAUAUGAAGAAUCAUUUUCUUUGCUGGACAAAGAUGGAGAUGGAAAUAUAACUCAUAAUGAAAUUCGUUCAUUAAUGAAUUCACUUGGUUAUACACCAAGUGAAGAAGAUAUUUCAUCUGUGAUAUCGACAAUAGAUAUUGACGGUAAUGGUACUAUUGAUUUUGAUGAAUUUCUCACAAUGAUGCGACGACGUAAAUCAACAGGCGAAAGUGAUAUCGAAUUACAAAACGUUUUCAAUGUUUUUGAUAAAAAUAAAGAUGGUUUUAUUGAUAAAGAUGAACUUUAUGAUAUGCUUUCAAGGCUUGGAGAAAAUAUAACAGACGAAGAUGUGGCAGAAAUGAUUGCAGAAGCUGAUUGUUUUGAUAAUGAUGGAAAAGUAUCUUAUGAAGAAUUCAAAGCUAUUUUACACUCAAAAUAA